CUGGAGCUGAUAAAGUUGGGCCCCGCCACUCCGGAAGACUUUCAUUGGCUUGACUCGUCCAAGUCGUCGCUCUUCAUUUUCCCUUUCUGUGCCGAGACAAAAGUGGACACAUCCGCGAAAUUACAGGCGAAAGCGCAUUGCCAUUCUCCUGCCUCCGGCGAUUCGCUAUUUCCUCUCGAGGAAUCCCAGAUCAGAUUCAGAAAGAAGACUUUACAUCUCGCUCAGAUCACAUCCGGUCAAGAUUUUGAGCUCCUAAAGGAGGAUGGAGAGAAAGUGGGACUCACCUGGCCCAUCGACGAUGUCUGCCUCUGUCGAUGACGGUGAUUCGUCCUCGGGGGCUGAAUUCGAGGUGUUCUUGAGUUUCAGAGGCCCCGACACCCGCCUCACCUUCACCGAUUCCCUCUAUCACACCCUAGUUAAAGCUGGGAUUCGUGUUUUCAGAGACAACGAAGAGAUCCGACAGGGCGAAAAGAUUGGAGACAAGCUUUUGCAUGCCAUCAAAUCCUCCAAAAUAUACGUGCCCAUCUUCUCUAAGAACUACGCAUCCAGCAGGUGGUGUCUUCGUGAGCUCACCCAAAUGGUGGAUUGCUGGAGCAAAGCGAAAGAUAAAAUGAUCCUACCUAUUUUCUUUGAUGUGGAUCCCGAGGAUGUGAAGCUCGAAACUAAAUUGUACCUCGAUGCUCUGGGGGAGCACGAGGAGAAGUUCGACCACGAGGUUCCGCAGUGGAAGAAGGCUCUGACCGAGGUCGCAAAAAUGAGAGGAUCGGACUUGAAGAACAAAGGCUAUGGUGAAAUCAUCAACGAUACCAUGGACGAGAUUAUGACCAAGCUAAUGAAAAGAAGGAUAAUUCUACCCGAAUAUUUAGUCGGGAUUCAUGAUCGAGUGGAAGCUAUAAUGGACUUGUUAAACAAAGGUUCUCGUGAUACCCGUUACCUAGUCAUCCAUGGAAUGGGCGGUAUCGGUAAGACAACUCUCGUAAGUGCCAUCUUUAAUCGAAUCUCCAAUCAAUUUGAAGGCUAUAGCUUCCUCUCGGAUGUUCGCGAAUCUGCACAGCGUGGUAGAAUUAUUGACUUGCAAAAGCAGUUGUUGUCAGAAAUUCUCCAAGGCCGAUCUCCAGAGAUCCACAAUUCCAUUGAUGUAGGGAUUAACAUAAUUAGAGAAAGGUUUCGUCAUAAGAAAGUCCUGCUUGUUAUUGAUGACGUGGAUAAAUGGGAUCAACUCUCUAAACUAGCGGGAAAGAGCGAUUGGUUCGGUCCAGGGAGCAAAAUCAUCAUUACAACGAGGACAUCAACUUUUUGCCAAUCAAAGAGGAGGAGGAGGAAGAGGGUAGUUUCCAAGCACAUUCUAAAGAAUUUGAAAUCUAUGACAUGAAAGAAAUGGAUUCUUCUCAUGCUCUUGAGCUUUUUAGUCGACAUGCCUUAGGGAUGGAUUUCCCACCACCUCAGUAUGAAGAUAUCUCACGCAAAAUUACCUACAAAACAGGUGGACUUCCAUUAGCUCUUGAGGUUAUUGGUUCCUCACUUUUCGGCAAAAACAAAACAAUAUGGAAAGACACAUUGAAGAAAUUACAUUCGAUGCCCAAGCAGGAAGUCUUCGUUAAAUUAAAGAUUAGUUAUGACAUGUUAGAUGAUGCUCAAAGAGAGAUCUUUCUUGACAUUGCAUGUUACUUCAUUGGAAAAGACAGACUCUGCCCAUUCUAUAUGUGGAAAGCUUCUGGCUAUUUCCCAAAGACCGAUCUACUUGUCCUUACUCGUAUGUCUUUGAUAAAGAUAGAGGAAGAUGAUACGCUAUGGAUGCAUGACCAACUUAGAGAUCUUGGAAGAGAAAUUAUUCGACUUGAAGAGUGAUCCUGGAAAGCGUAGCAGGUUGUGGAUGCCCGACAAUGCCUUGAAUGUGGUUCAGCGGAAACAGGCAUCAAACAAAACCGUAGCCCUCAAACUAACAGGACUCUCCAAAGUACCGAAUAUCACGAGUGAAGAAUUUUCAAAGCUACCCAACUUAAGAUUCAUGGAUUUAGACGGUGGGAACUUGAUAGGGGACUUUAAGAAUCUUCUCUCCAAAUUAACAUGGUUCUCUUGGAGAAAUUGCCCCUCGAAAUUAGAAGCAAAGAACUUAUGUCUUGAGAAACUAGUCGUGCUCAAGCUUUCAACAACUGUCUUCGGAGAUUGGAUGGGAUGGGAGCAAUACAUGGUGAGCAAUAACUUGAAAGUUAUACACAUCACUUCUCAAACUAUACUGGAAAGGACUCCUGACCUCUCGAAAUGCAAGAAUUUGAAAAGAUUGGUUCUUCAAUGUUUUUCAGCCAUGCCAGUGAUUGAUGGCUCUCUCUCUAAACUGGAGCACCUAAAGCACUUGGAAAUCAAAGGUUCAUCUUUGCCAAAAAGCAAAAAAUGCAGCUCCUUACCUUCCACAUUUGGUGGUCUAAGAUCCCUAUCAAAACUAGACUUAGAAGGUAUGAAUGUUGAAGAAAUUCAUCAUUCCAUUGGGGAGAUGAUGCAUUUGAAGUAUUUGUCUUUCGGUAAUUGUUUGCUUAGAAAAGUUCCAGACUCCAUUGGAAAAUUGAAACUAUUGGUUGAAUUGGACUUGCGUGAAACGGAAAUCACAGAAUUGCCUCAUUGUAUUGGAGAUCUUAAAAAGUUGACAAAGUUGAGGCUUCGUGGGACUUUGAUAAAAAAGCUACCGAACUCAAUAGGAGGGCUAGAGUCCUUAAUUGAGCUAAAUUUGUCGAAUUUGGAUAUCGUAGAAUUACCUACUAGUAUCGGUAAUCUCAAAAAUUUGGAGAGUUUAGAUCUAAAAGGGAGUGCAAUAAGAGAGCUACCGGAGACCAUAGGGAUGUUGGAGAAUCUUAAGAAAUUGGAUGCCUCAAUGUGUGGAAAUCUGGAGGGGGAAAUUCCAAAUGAAAUUGGGGCUCUAUCCUUUUUAAGGAGGCUAUGUCUAAGGAAGAGCAAGAUUAGGAGGCUGCCAAUAUCUAUGAAUCGGCUUUCCCAUCUCCAACAACUCGAUUUAUAUGAGUGUGAUAAACUUGAACAAAUUUCAAAUCUCCCCAUGAGUUUGGAAGAUUUAUAUUUCCCAUCUCAUUUAUUGUGGACAGCCAUUGACCUCUCAUACCUAACUAAUUUAGUCAAACUUUUUAUAAGCAAAGGCACUCCUCAACUGUCAGAAUUUGGUGAUGGGGCUCCAAAUACAAAGUGGAUCAAGCGAUUAUCAACACUGAAACAUUUGGUGCUUUACAUGAAAGAUGUCACAUCUUGUCUUAUCGAUUUGGCUACUCUUUCUCGGCUUCGAAGUCUUGUAGUGACUUGGAUUGACCACCGAUCAUCGAUAGUGUUUCCGUCCAAUCUUAGUGGAUUACAUCUAUACGAUCUCAGGUCACCGGAGGUGAAAUUAGACUAUGUGCUUGGACAGCAGUUGGAGAAACUUCGUACUUUGGAAGUGAACUCCAGUGAAUUGCUUGAGAGGCUAUUGGGUUUUCCGAUAUUAAAGGGGCUCAAGGGAUUGAGUGUGGCUGAUUGCCCAAGGCUAAAGGAGAUUCAAGGCGUGGAGAAAUUGGAAUCGCUAGAGUCUAUACAAAUUGCGAGUUGCAAAUCCCUAAAAAGGUUCUCUGGCCUAUCAGAAUUAAAGAAGCUGCGGCUAUUAAACUUGAUUGGUUGUCCAUCGCUAGAUUUGCCUGAUCUACCUCUUCAGACACGUGUCAAUGAUUGGAGAAAGGAGUAGCAUGGCAGUGGUUCGUAUCAAACAGAAGUACGAGAUGUUCCGUCCGCACUUGGGACACCACGGAGGAGGUGAACAUAAACAAGUCGCGUCCUGGUUUUGAUCCUGUCGGACUCUAUAUGAUUUAUAUAUACGGAUUCCACCAUAUGCAUGCUUGAAAUAGAUUAACUGCAAUAAUUAGGUGAUAAUGUUAUGUAAUCGCCAUAAAUAUAGAGCGAAAACCUGCGCAAAGUUUGAGGUCCGCUCUCUUGGUUCACAAUGUUGAUCUGUUGCUGUUCUUUUCGAUUCCUCUUCAUUCUUAUCUGUGCAAAGAAGAUAUUGUGGAAUACAGAAAAGCACUCAAAUUCGAAACGGGUCUCGUAAUUUGGAGGUCAUGAGGCAUCAAGAAAAAUGAAACACCGUUGAUUAAUGUGAGCUGCUUCUGCAUGAACUUGUCGAGUACGUAUGUAUAUAUGAC